AUCAAUUGCAUAUCAACAAACAUAAUCAAAUUUCAAUCAUCAGCUAAUUGUGUUCAAAGAUUUGAUUUUACAAGAGAUUAUUAUAUUUUCAAAAAAAGAAUUCAAAAUGUUGGCAAUAUUCAAGAAAGGUAUAGUAAAUCCACCUCAAGAGCUGAACAGUCCAGCUUCAUUAGCUUCCUCAACAAAACCUAAGCUUCCUCAUGAGAUUCUCACAGAUUUUUCGUCUUCUAAUUCCUUCUCCAUGACCUUCGGAGAUUCCGCUGCUCUGGCCUACAGUCCGCCGCAAAAUCCUUUCCCCAGCCAUCGGAGGUCGUUUUGUGGUGUGGAUGAUGUGUACUGCAUUUUCUUGGGGAGUUUGAAUAAUAUUUGCAGUUUGAUAAGACAAUAUGGGUUGUCUAAGGGAACCAAUGAGGCUAUGUUUGUAAUUGAAGCUUACAAGACUCUACGUGACCGUGGUCCGUACCCGGCGCACCAGGUGCUCAAGGAUCUUGAUGGCUCCUUCGGUUUUGUGCUUUAUGAUGCUAAAUCUGGUCAUGUCUUUUCUGCCCUGGGUGCAAAUGAAGGAGUGAAGCUAUUCUGGGGAAUUGCAGCUGAUGGUUCAGUGGUGAUAUCCGACAAUUUGGAGCUUAUUAAAGGAAGCUGCGCUAAAUCUUUUGCUCCGUUCCCAUCGGGAUGCAUGUUUCACAGCUCGCAAGGGCUGACGAGCUUCGAACAUCCGAUGAGCAAAUUGCAGGCAAUGCCGAGAAUUGACAGUGAAGGGGCUAUGUGUGGAGCUAAUUUUAAGGUUGAUAAACAAGUUAGGAUUAGCAGUAUGCCUCGUGUUGGUAGUGAAGCUAAUUGGGCGUUGAGUGGCUCUCAGGCUUAACCUAUCGGAAUUUUAAUGUUUGUUUUAUUUGUGUUUUCUUGCUGUUCAUAUUCGCCUUUUAUUUUGUUAUGUAAUUUUUAAUGAAAUUUUAAAAAAGCACUUUCGUGUCUA